GUUUCCGCUCUCACACCCGACAUUACAACAACAAGGCAGCGGGCGAGCCGAGUGGAGCCGAGCCGGGACGAGGAGACGACGGCACGAAAGGAGCGAGCAGGUAUAAAAAUAAAGCUCUCUGCAGCGGUAACAGUGCUUGGGUCCAUGUUGUUUAGUGGUUUAAUGUGUUGUCACUGUAGUAACGGUUUAUUAAGCAGAAUAAAUCUAAAGAGAGUAAAAGCGACGGUAGCUGUCGUUAGCUGUGAAGCUAACACUGUUUGCUAGCUCGGCUUUAAAACAAGGGUCAAACAAAAUAUGAGCAGAGCUGCUCCUGUUUAGCUGCUUUGUACAGAUACUUUCUUCACUGUAUGACUAAGUUUAAGGAAAUGUUGUUUUCAAGCAGUAAACGGCUUCAACUCUUUGUACGAGUCCAAUAGUUUCGCUUUCUCUGAAUGAUAUCCAGCUCGUUAGCAGGUUGUUUUGACAGUUUCGUGGAAAUAUGACGCAACACGGCAGGUGUGAGGAAGAGUGACCUGAUACACGAGACCUCCACAACUCCACAGGAAGGAGGUUUUUAUGUGUUAAAACGUCCUAAACAAGCACAGAGACUCAUAUUACUGCAUUCUUUCCCUACAGAAACCCCUGAACAAAGACCCCAGAGGAAAUCCUGUUGAAACAGUGAGGACCCUCCAGAUAUCCUCACAGAUGAGGCUCAUGUUAUAAAGGGGGAACCACAUGCCCCCUUCCCACAACAGGGACUGUUUGAGGUGUGUCUCUGAGUGCAGAAUGGAAAGGAUUUGAGGAAACCUUGUCCUCAGGUGAGUCCUGAGUCGUGACACUUAAGCUCAUCUGAGCUCAGAUUCUCCGGAGACCACCCUGAUAGUAAUAUGAGCCAUGGACCCUGGGGCUCUUGAUACUCCCGUGACCUUGGUCAUUAAGGCCCCGAACCAGAAGUAUGAAGAUCAGACCAUCAACUGCUUCCUGAACUGGACUGUGGAGAGGCUGAAGAGCCACAUCUCCAAGGUGUACCCCAGUAAGCCGGUGAGUGGCUGACUGGUUAAUGGUUUUCUUGCAGCGUAAUCUUCAGCUCAUGUCGUUUUCAAGUGUAAGCUUAGUAUGUUUAACAAUCAUAUGACUCAUACUGGGCUGUUAAUGAUCGUGUUGAGGUUGUUAAAAGGUGCAUUGUGUUGGUUUUCAGCACAGAAAAGGGCGUACACCUCAGCUGAAAAAUUAACUUCUCUAAUGGUUAUUCUUUGGCACUUUUCACAGAGGCUAAAAACAACAAUUAAACAACAAAUAAAACCCGACUCUACCCUCUCACUCACCCUCGCUCACCCACACAUACACACACACAAGCGCACACAGAGUGAGAAUUUAAGAUAUAUUGUUAGAGACAUGGCCUGACAUCGAGACACUACAUGAGGAAAGAGCUACCUUUAGGAAACACUGGAGAUAAAAGAUAAAAGAUUAAAACCUGAUGGACUAAAGCAAAUAAAAUGAACAAAGAAAUAAGAGCUCUUUACCAUAAAAGGGUAAAAGAAGUAAAAACCUCUAAGGCGGGAGUUUAGAAAAGGACUAAGAACAGAGAUAAUUAAUAAGAUUAUAGAAAAGAAACAUUAAGAAUUUCGAUUAAAAUGAACAUUUGCAAUAAGAGAAAUAUAAAAUGACUCAUAUUGGGCUCUUUAUGAUAGUGUUUACGUUGUUAAAAGGUGCAUUGUGUUGGUUCUCUGCACAGAAAAGGAUGUACACCUCCUGCACCUCAUGCAUAAGCUGAAAAAUAAACUUCUCUAAUGGUUAUUCUUGAACAGGGAGACUGCUUUUGCUUAUGGGUUGAUUGAUUGAAGUCUUCACAAGCAUUCUUUUGUCCUCGUUUGCAAAGUUUUUGUCACUUUGCAGAGCAGAAUACACAAAAAGAAGACAAAGAAAUAGUUCAAACAAUACCAGUUUACACAGAUGUGCAGUUUGAGAAUAAAACGAAUCGGCUCCACCAGACCACACUUAGAAACAACCUGCUGCUCGUGGUAAAUAAAGAUGGGCAUCGAGAAUAAACUGAGCUAUGCAACCAUAGCAACAAGCAGCACAUGCUAAAACAGGGUUAUGUUUGGGGACUAGGGUUUCAGUGUGAAGUGCAUCUCAGGUCACGGCCAGUAAGUGAGGGUGCACUUCUGAUUGAAACAGCUAAGUAACUCACAAAUAAAUGUAAAAAAUCUGCACAGUGCAAAAACUCAUUCCAGUCAUACUCAUUUACUUGAUUUGACGACUUAAGAGCAACCUGCCAGUCAGCAAUAGUCAUUCAGUUGAGGGUCUCAAUUUCAAAGCAGUUGGUAAACCUUUUUAUUCAAAAUCUUUAUUCACUUUAAAGCAACCAAGAAACACCCUUACACUUCCUUACAAGAAUGCAUUACAUUUUUGGAAAGCCAGAGCCACUGCAUAUUUCAUCCUGUGUCCCGACUUCCUCUGCUCAGUGAAGUGUAGCCUGUUCAAACAGGUUUACAGUUCUGUAGCUCUCGUUCAGUCACAUUGGUCUGAAAUGACAGGUUUCAGAAGUUUGCAGAAGAGCAUUUUUGCAAAGAGAUGCAAGUUAAAACACGUCUUGUGGCGAGUCUUUUAUGUGAACUGUCCUUUCUACUUCAAAUGUUAGCUUUCCACCGCGGUUGAGUGUCUAUUAAAUGAGAUGAAAAGAGGAAGUGAAAGUUUGAUGAUGCACAGAGAAUAUGAUUAAAGAUUUCAAGUAUGCUUCAGGUAAACUUUGUAAUCUGAUGAUCCAGACCAGCAAUCUUGUUUAAUCUGUAAACGCCUGAUCACUUAACACACAUUGAGGAUUCAACAUCAUGUGUCAUACACUUCACAUAAUACAGUUUAGCUGUUAAAUACAACCCAGACAUCUUCCCUUACUGGUUUAAUCUACUGUGAAACAGAAACUAUCCUGCUUGACUACAAAAGAAACCCAUUUUCUUUCACUUCUGCUUCGUGUCAGUGUGCCAACAGACUCGAAAUGACGGACGGGUUUGAGAGUUGAUCCUGAAAACAUAUUUGUCCGUGACAUUUGAAACCCUUGUUAAGAAAACAGGAAGUCCUGUCAUAUAUUGUAGAUUUCAUUUCAAUUCUGUCGCUCCAGACUGUCGUAAAGUUUGAUUAAAAGUCCAUCCUUGACAUGAGAAACACCUGGAGCUUCUGUGGAUGUUUCUGUUUAAUCUUAAAUAUGAGGCCUACAUUUGCUGUCUGACUCUGUGCAGGAUCAGUUUUACACAAAGGGUCACAUGACUUAGUGGCACAUAAAGAAACAGCAUUUUUAUCAGUUGUUUCUCUUAAAGGCAAAUAUAUCUUUAUCUGGUUUUAGUAAAGAUUGUCAGGUGGCCGGCGGGUAACCUUUAUGCUUGUCGUCACAUGUAGGUGUGUUUUAAUAACAAAAAAGAGUGUGUGUUUAUACUCUCCGUGCUGUGUUUGUGUUACAGCUAUCCAAAGAUCAGCGGCUGGUGUACUCAGGGAGGCUCCUUCAGGAUCACCUGCAGCUCAGUGAUGUGCUCAGAAAGGUAAGAUCUGCUGCAGUGCUGUUUUAUAUGUGUGUGUGUGUGUGUGUGUGUGUGUGUGCGUGUGCGUGUGUGUGAGUGUGUGUGAAUGAGAAAUCUGUUUACAUGGGUAGGAUCCAGUUUUGCAGCACAACUAAACCGAGUCAUCUCUUGCACAUUUAAAUUUUUCUCUUGAUUUCGUGGACUUUAAGGAAUAUUUGGCAUCUCACUGUCCUGUAUGUAGUCAGCUGUCCGUCAACUUGAAUUCACAGCUAAAGGGUCAAACACAAAGAGCUUGUGCAGGAUCAGCACUUCCACUUGUUUGUAUUUUUUCUGUAUUAUUUCAUCGCUGUUAUUUCUGUUUCUAAGUAAUAAAGCAAUAACACACCAAAAUUAUAUGUACUGAAUGAAUGUACUGUACAUAUGACUAUCAAACAUGAGCGGUAAGAUCAGUGAGCGCAUGAUUAUAACCCUCACUCAUCAAAUCUUCAAUCAUUAGGUUCCUGUUUUGAAUGAGAGAAAGGCCUCAAAGGAAAAACCUGAACUUGGCUCUGCCCUUCAAUCUGAGGGUCAUAACUACCAUCACCUUAAAAGUUUUGUUCGGUCAGACUAACAGAAAGAAAGAAAACUUCAUCAGGUUUGAUAGAGGAGAAGUAGGAUACAGAAGGUUUUCUGUAUUUUUGCUUCAGGAAUUUCUCCAAACAGUUGAAAAAAACUGAAAAUAAUCAUUUUAAUUGACUUAUUAUUGAAUCUCUGAUGGAGUCAUUUGCAUAGAGGAUAAUACCUGCGGGUUAUUGAGUCUGUGGGUUUGAGUACACAGACACAGUGUUUGUGUUAGUGUGUGUUUGUGUUUGUGAGUUUUUGGGAGGUAAAACAGUCUGUGUGGGAAACAAAAGCUGAUGUGAUGUGAUUUACCAACAAAGGCUGAGCUUUGUGUUUGUCUUCUGGACAUUUCCACAAUAAUCCUCUCUCUCUUUCUCUCCCUCUCUCUCUCUCUGUAUUUGUCUCUCUGUUACCUUCACUUCCUCCUUCCUCCUCUUCUCUCCCUUCCUCCUCCUCCUCUUCCCCUCACACUCCGGCUCCUGUCUUAACCUCGUCGACCCGCAGCAGGAUGAAUACCACAUGAUGCAUCUAGUGUGUGCCUCUCACAGCCCCCCAGCCUCGCCCAUGCCUCGGAGCCCCUCCACAGCCGGCUCUUCUGCCUCGGACUCCAGCGUGAGUACACAGCACUGCUGCUCUCCUGACCUCCUCCUGUACGGCUCAGUUUAUGAAUGACAGCUUUGUUCAGGCUCGUUCCAGGAAACACGGCGCUGAAAAGACUCUCUGAGGUGACAGAAAUAUGCUUAGUCAAACAUUCACCAGAGCCUGUGAGCCGUGUUGACUCUUACUCGAGUGUUUUAGCGCUUUGUUGUCAUGUUAGCAGCUCGUGUAUUCAGCUAAAUCCAACGCUUGGAUCCUGGAAAAGCCUGAUAUUGUAACUUUAAAUUGUCCAUGCUGUAUUUUAUCUUUUUUAAGAAGAGCUUUUCACACUCUCAGCUGUAAUCCCGGAAUGCUCCCCUUUUACUGCUUGUCUAUCACUUUUUUACUGUAACAUACUUUAUUUUAUCUGUGUUCACGCUGGUGUAACAAGCCGAUGUGGCAUUAAGCCUAAAAUUAAUGACUAUUUGGUGCCUGAACUAUUUCUAUCUCCCUGUUAUCUCACAUAAAAGUGAUCCAAAUGAAUUCCACGUAGAGAAGAUCUAUAAAUAUAAACUUGAAGAAAAAGGAGUGUGUGUUUGAGUGUUGCUGAGUCCGAUUUUAGCUCUUCAGAUUCUCGACUUUUCUCAGACUUUAUCAUCGAACUCCUCAAAUGCCUCGUGUCUCCACAGAUUUAUGACUUAUCAUCAAAAAGUUGAUACAAGUUUUGUAACGUUCACAUUUCCUUGAGGCAGUUUUGGACAAAGAAUGACCUUUUAUGACACCUGAUAAAGACGCACAGAUAACAAUAUCUUAUCUUGUUGCAGCAGGUGUUGAAACUGUAUCAAGAGUUUAUUCUGUUGGUUUUAAUACCGAAAAGCAAACAUUGAUAAUGUUCUUUAGAGAGCUCACGAAUCUCAAGUUCCUAUUCUGUUUGUAUGUUGUCACACUUUAGCCAGGACUCUCUUUGGGUACAGUCUGAAAUGCUGUUAAGGAUCAUUUUGUGUCUUCAUAUUUAUGACAGAGAUCAUGACCAGCUUCUGUUUUUUUUGUUCUUUACUCAGAGUUCAGACAACGCUGGCUCCACCUCGCCUGCCAACACUCCUAAUCAAGAUGGUCAGCCAGUCUCCUCCUCCUCCUCGUCUUCUUCUUCUGUCCCAGGAAGUUAUGAUGGUCUGAGAUAUCGUGGGGGCUUCCCCCAGUACAACCCCCACAGCCCCCCUGCUGUCCCUCAGUGGUAAGAGUUUCUUAUUAUUUCUCGAGCUCAGACUGAGACUUCGAUAAUCGUAUUUGAGGAAUCUGAACUCUGAAAGAUGCCUUAAAUACUUGACUCUGAUUGGCUAAUUGCUGCAUUCUGAAGUCUGCUAUUUCUCUAUUGCACACAGUUGCUUUGAAGAACAGACUGCUGCUCUUAUUAGAGAUUCUGGUUAUAAAUAAACAUAAUUUUUUAUUUCCAGAAAGACUUCUUAUGUAGUUUAGACAUGUGAUUGGUGAGGUAAUGCUGCUGUAGUGUAGGUUCUUACAGCGGAGGAACACCUUCAGUAUGAGACCCUUCUGCUGAGCAUUGAGGCCCUAAACUCUGUCAGGGCACUAAUCUCUUAACAGCCGUCUUGUUUAACACGACUCUUCAUGUAACAUCUUCACAGCAGGUUUUUGAAAGGCACAUUUAAAGACUGAGAGAGCUUCAUAAUCUGAUGUAAUCCAAUUCAACAGACUUGUGAGAAAUCAAACCAUUAAGAAGCUUUCUUUAAUCAGACUUAGUCGAGACUGUGGGAGAGCGUCUAUUAAACACAAAACACAGGUGGGAGUCUGAUUUCUGGGCUGGUGUUAUGUUGUAUUAUGGUAGUCUGAGUUGUUAAAUACCUUGAAUCCCUCGUUAAAUCCUAGUAUUUUUAUAUUUCCACAGGCCAGGGGGAGCCCAGGUCCCUCUACAGGGUGGUCUCCCUGCCAACAUGGUUCCCCACCCCAUGUACAUGCCCAUGCAGAUGCUGUGGUGGCAGCAGAUGUAUGCACGCCACUACUACAUGCAAUAGUAAGUCAUGUCUGUGUUUUAUAUUUCUGUUCUUUUAUUCCACCCGUUAUCAGUCACAGGACUUUGAAUUUUUUGAAUUUAAUCUAAAUCUUCUCUUCAUCUUCCCUCUUCAGUCAAGCAGCAGUCGCCGCCUCCCAGCCUCCUGCUACUCCUCCUCCUCCCUCUCCCUCCCCCUCCUCACCCCUUCAACCUGCCCCGCCCAACGAAGCCGUGCAGCCGCCGCUAGGACCGAACCCGAACCCGGACCCCAACCCUCUACCAGAGAACCAACCGGCCAACCCCAACAUCCAGAUGAACGCACAGGGCGGGGCGGUGUUGAAUGAUGAUGAGCUGAAUCGUGAUUGGCUGGACUGGCUGUACACGGUGUCUCGUGCCGGCGUGCUGCUCAGCAUCGUUUACUUCUACUCUUCGUUUAGUCGCUUCGUCAUGGUGGUUGGCGCGAUGCUGCUUGUCUACCUGUAAGUCAAUGAUUCCAUCACAUACAUUGUUUACACCUGAACUUAUCGCAGUUGAUUUCACUGCUGUGAUAAAGCCACGUUCAAGUUGCGUCAGAAGUCAGAUGUCGGGGGUGAAAAUGACGUCACACCUAAGUUACCAGCGUUUGAGUUACCAAGUCGGAAAAAAACAAAAUCAGAGGCGGAAACAAGAUGGUUACAUGUACAAAAGUUAUUUUAGCGCUUACCAUCUUGUUUUCGCCUCCAAUUUUGUUUUUUUCCGACUUGGUCACUGAAACGCUGGUAACUCGGGUGUGACGUCAUUUUCACCUCCGACAUCUGACUUCUGACGUAACUCGAAUGCAGCAUAAGUCUUGGAUUCUGAUUGGUCAUUGCAUAGCAACAGCUCAUAGCAACGGUCUGUUAUUUCUCAACAGCUGACUCUUCUAACCACACACAUACAACUGCUUAAAAGUGGCUCUAGUUACGGACUCUGGCAGACUAACUGUGAUCAUAUCAGUGUUUUCAUGAAUGCAGGUCUAAGAGUGUGUUUGUGUUUUUCUCCCACAGGCACCAGGCUGGUUGGUUUCCCUUCCGGUUGGAGCAACAGAACCCCAGAGCAGGAGACGGAGCCAGAGCUCCUCAGGAGGAAGCAGAGAGACACCAGGACAUACAGGAAAUGGUCAGUCGGUCCUUGAGGCACCUUGUGCGCAGCAGCUAGUGUGUUUACUUAUAAAAACAUUACUAUUACUAUAAUCUUUGCUCUUUGCAGCGCAUGAGUCUCAGUAUUUGUCAAACACGGUCAUGACGGCCAAGAACAAACCCACAGCAGCUCGUAAAGGCCAAAAUAAUUAGUUACGUAACCGUGGUGAUUGAAUCGGGCUUCUAACUGCCUUGACUUGUCUAACAAGUUUUCUUUUAAAGGGCAGCCGGGAAUUAAAUCGAGGCAUUAACAAUCCCUUUAAGGUUAAACACGCAAGUGACUGGAUAAACGUGCCUACGUGGAGACAGUAGAAAUAACGCUGUAUUUACUCCCAGCAUUAGUCACAAUGCUGCAGCCUUGUGUUGUAUCUUAUCAGCUGUUCUGCAUUUCUGUUAACAACAGAAUUUUGCAUAUAGAUACAGUUUUAAUACCUUUUUUCACCUCUUAAAUAUGAGCUGCACCCCCACACCUGUGUGACCAACAUACCAGUAUAAAAUAGAGUGGUCAUAUCUUGAGUUAAGAGCAUUUUACACCCAAGAAGCAAGUGUGUGAAGCCUGCUGGAUUCUUAAUGAGGCAGACCAGUCUUCACUUCACUCCCUCAUUGGAUUAUAAUCAUGCAUUUAAAGAGAACAGCGGUACGCUAAUAGGCCUGGGAGAGCUGGUUUAGUUUACAAGACUCCUCACUUUAAGAGAGCAAGUGGCCACGAAAGAGGGAUGAUCUUCAAAUCAGGAGCAGUGGGUCAACAGAUGAUACAGAAACAAGCAUGUAUACACAGUCCAAAACCUUUUUUCCAGCUAUUUUAUAAUAGUGAAAAUAUUGUGAUUAUGCAGAGCUCUAAAUGACACUCAAAACCAAUAAAAGAUAAAAGAAAGAGAAGAAACUAGAAGGACACAUAAACGCGUUUGUUAAUUUUAAAGUGGAGUCAAAGGCUUGAGAAGUAAUACUGAUGAAAAAAUAACUGGGUCUAUAAAUGGCGAAUGGUGAGAAAUCAUACUUUAAAGAUUUCACUGUAGAAAAAAGGAGCAAAGAGAAAAAUGUACACAGUAAAGCUCUGGUGUUCAGGUAGAAACAGCAACAGCAAACAGCAAACAGAUAUAGGUUUAACAGAUCUUCGAGAAGGAAAUACAGUGUUCCAGAAGCUUCACAUCACUUUGGAGAACAAAUACUAAGCGGAAGUCAGUAUCCAGCAGACACAGAAGUGCAAAAAUGGUCUUUCUUUAGUUGGAUGCAUCUCUACACCCUCACUGUCUUCUGUCAUCUGUGUCCCAGGAACGUUUAAUGGACGAGGGUUUGGAGGACGAUGACAGCGGAGAGGAGGGAGGGGGAGGACAUGACGACCAAGCUGCUGCUGCUGCUGCUGCUAUACCUGAACCAAGCUUCCUUACCACCGCGUGGUCCUUCAUCAGCACCUUCUUCACCUCGCUCAUCCCCGAGGGAAGACCCCAUGCAGCCAACUAGUCCAGACCCCCCCGACCCUCUGACUGACUUUGUCCUCCUGCCAGCAGGUACCGCUCUACAGAAGAAUCCCAAUACUUCAUUUUACCGUCUUUAACACCCCGUCUGCAGAGACAUGAGUCAUGAACCCUCUUUCCCAAGAUGGCUGAACCCCAGCCAGUCAGCUACUAACCUCUGACAUGCUGCCAACAAACAGACCUUUAUCCCAGACCGGUACUCUGAAGUGUUCGAGCAGGUGCGGUGUGAGUUCUGCAGGAGGGGAAGCAAAUAUUAAGAAAAUAAAAGAGAAGCUGUUUUAAUGGAUUAAGUGCUUCAACGGUGGAAGUUUUUAUUUUUUAUUUUUGUCUUCAUUUGUUGUGAAUUCAUUGAUACGUGGUGAAGAAGUGAGAGCCUGGAGGGAGCUGUCUUCCAUCUUAAGCGUUGAAAAAUAAGGUUGUUGAGACUUUUUAAAGGUGGAUGUGGACCACGAAGAAGAGAGGAAAUCUCCUGAGAAUAAAAGGGAGAGAUGUCCUGAACAAACCAUAAGAAAACCACAUCCCUAUAGACAUUAUCACGUAUGCACAUGACGUGCAUACUGACAUUGCAGCUACUGAAGCACAUUGUUUUCCCACUUUGUGUAUUUAAACAUUAAAUAUUUACACAUGUAAGUAUAUGCAUCUUUAACUCCUGAAUAUAAUAAGCUUUUUUUUGGAAUAAAAUCUUGCUGAGGUUUGA